AUGGAUGAAAACGCAGUUCCCGCACAAAAGGUGCCGGCUGUUGGGCGUAUCCUGUGCAUGAUCAUCUCGCUCGUGGCGACUACGGUGUUGACAUUAUUCCUGACAAAGAGAACCAUGUUCAUCAAAUCUUGGAGUCGACUACCUGUUACUGUCUGGCUGGUGUUUCUUAUAUACGUCGACUCGUACAUGUUCGUUAUUGCCACGGCUGUUCUGCAGCAGUCUGUGGGUGUGAAUGCGAGUAUAGUGACGUGCGAAGGUGCGAUUCUGCUUUGUCUGGUGUGCUAUGUUACUACCAAGUUCAUCUACCUGUUCUUGGUGGAAAAAGCUCACUUUAUCCGCGGAACCUCGAAAAAGAGGCUUCGCUCCAAGCUCUACAUAUUCAAUGCCUUUGGCAUGGUCGGCCUAUACGUGGUGGUUGGAAUACUCAAUUUCUUAUUCCGAAUUGCCAAGAUUGAAAACGGCCAGUGUGUCAUCGGCAUGAAGAGCGUUGCCAUGAUUCCCCUCAUUUCGUUUGACACCGUGGUCAACAUUUACUUGACGACGCUCUUUCUCAUCCCGCUUCGAAACCUCUACUCCUACAAAAACUUGCCGCGUACGGCUGCUGCGUUGAGACUCCGAAACGUUGCUACCAGAACCCUCGUUGGCGCUGUUGCCACACUCAUCAGCAGUAUAGUUAACCUGUCAGUGUUGAUGGCAUUAAAAGGUGAAGCAGGCUGGGUCUGCUUGUUAUGCUGCAACUGCGACAUCUUGUUCUCAGCCAUUGUCAUCCAAUGGGUCACAUCCAAGGACAACGCCGGCACAGCAGGCGAUUCCACAAGCCGAGACAACCGCAACAAUCCCAAAGCGACAUUCACACAGGAAAUGACACCCGGUGGCUUACAGUCAGCGAACCGCAACGAUUCCAUGGCCCCUAUAACGCAGUGCUCGACCAAGAGCGACGGAAACACAGACGACACAGCUGACUGCGGCGGCAUCCUCGUCACGACCACCAUCAAGAGCGAGGUCAAGGCCGAUGCAGUCACCAAGGCGAGCGGCCCGACGCAGCAAGUACGAGAGAUAAGAGGGCGGGAGAUGUAUGCCGCUGAGGAAGGGCGUGUGGGUUAUAGGAAUAGCGGACAGGAUGGGUAUGCGUCGCCGGAUGGGAUUUCUUGUCCGAGGACGCUUAUUACGGCGGGUUCGUAUCAUGGACGGCCGGCGAGUCCAAGGCGAUGA